AUGGUCUCUGCUACGAGUCUGCUGCUCGCCGCUGUCUGCGCGUUCGCUCUGGUCGCAGCUGCUUCUCUAUGCGACGAGCACACGCUAGAGAGCGAUGCGAUGAAGCUCCUACUAGACCACGUGGACGUGGAGUUAGGCGGUGUCGGAGCUGGAAAGAGCGACGUCGUGGGGUUCCAAUAUCUGAAACCGGCAGAAGCUCUGCUGGCCGCUCAAGCGAUUGCCCACGAGAACUUCACGCAGGCAACAGCGCAAGUUCAGCACAUCCUCACGUACCAGACACCUGAUGGGUUGCUACCGCACUUGGUCUAUGGCUCAUCCGUGCCGUCCGAGGUACGAUGGCUAGCCAGCAAUCGAACCUUCCACCCAGGUCCUGCAUUUUGGAAGCAAACGUUGGUCAAGGAGCACCAAGAGACCGCUUGGACUUUGCCAUUCACCACCUCGACGUUCUCGGCCCCUCCUGUGGCAGCUGACGUGGUCUGGGAGGUCUUUCGCUUGGCGCCAUACGACUCGGCGAUGACAGGGCAAACGAAUGCUGUUCAGUUCCUUUGCCAUGUAUACGAGCCACUCAAGAAGCUGCAGAAGCACUUGUUCGCCACGCGCCGCGGUGGCAGUCCUAGUGGUCUGCUGUCUACUCACCACCCUUGGGAAACGUUCUCAUCGCUGUCUCCGCACUGGAAAGGAUUUCUUGCCGAGGUGAAGAAAGCACCGGACUACAAAAGCGUGGUGAGCUCGAUCCCAGACCAAGCCCGGCGUCGCUUUGCAGUCGGUGCAAGUACCUUGUUUUCCGCACAAGAUGCAGUGGAAAACAUGUACGAGCCAAUGAUAUAUCUUGCCGCACAAGCACAUCGUGGAGAACAUAGCAGUGCAAUCGAUGACCGUGGAUCCAGUGGGUUUGAGUAUACCACGAAUGCUCCAUUCGAGGUCGAGGAUGUGGAGUUUAAUGCUCUUAUGCUGAGAUCAUCAUUGGGUCUUGUGAACAUUGGCCGUGUGCUCGUGAAACACUCAUCUGUGUGCACGGGGUUCACCUUAACCCAAAAGGAGCUACUGGACGAAGUGGAGGAGCUUCAAAAACUGAGUGAAGGGCUCAGGGCGGCUAUCGUUGGCAGUGACGAAAGCCAAGGUCUGUGGAACGCAUCGGCUGACUUUUUCGCAGACUCUAGUCGAUUUGCAACGACUGCAGUACACUCCUUACGCGGAUUUCUACCCGCAUAUGCUGUGGAGUUGGACGACAACAAGAAGAUGCGGUCGAUGAAGCAUUUUCUUUCCGAGCCCGGUUCCUUUUCUUUUUUCUGCGCUCGGUAUCCGGCUUCAUUCAUUGCAUGCUCGGGGAAUGACUUGACCGAAAUUGCUAGCUCAAUGAGCAGCCGUCCAGCCACUACGACGUGGAUGCUCUACAACUACUAUCUACAGCGUGGAUUCGUCAGAAACAGGUUUCCAGGACUGGCAGAUUACGUUCGCAACAAGACCAGGGAUAUGGUGUGCGGGACAACUGCACCUGCUCCACCGUCCCUUUUCCGGUUUCCUGUCUUGUCGGAUGCGGAAGAGCCCACUCCAGCGGUUCUCUCACCGGCUUACAAGUCUCACGAUGGUGAACCGAUCGAAGUGUUUGACGACAAUUACUUGGGCUCGAUCCUAGCAGCUGCCGCUUUGUUAAACGUUCUGCUACCCGCAGCGACACCGCCGCCGAGUCCUGACACGCCGCCCAUUGACCAUCGUAUUCUUUCUGUGAUCAUGUGUGUUGAGUUGGUGGUAGCGUUUGGAGUCGCUAUGAGCUGUUUUCUUUUCUCAGUUUAUUUCGUGGCGAAUCGACCGCGACAAGCACACCAGUUUCCUGUAUCCACAGCAUGUCGGCGAUCGUCCACAGAGACCGCAGAAAUGAUUCAUCAAGCAAAACUCGAUCACCACAUCGAUGAUGGGCGGGAACGCGAUGCCAGCAGAUACUCGUGGGCAGACAGGCACUCGGAAUCGUCAUUCAGCGACUGCUCUCCAAGAUCCGGGCGCACUCCGCAUGAGUUAGAAGAGUCGUUGCUGCCCGCGGCUGACGAGCGCUACGGAUCAUUCAAUGAGGCCGCGCGGCCACAAACUACGUUCAACUUUGUCUGGAAAGCUGGAAAAAAGGUGCUGGCAGCCAUCAGCCCGUGGUGA